AUAUGGGAUCUCGAAAGUUUGCUGAGAAUAUUCCGGAUAUCUUCUCUCAAGAAGAAAAAGAAGAAGCUCUAGGAGCUCGAGGAGCAGAAAAUUCAAAUUCCACGGAGCUUUUAAGUUGGAUGAGAAACGAUGAAAUUGGACGGAAGUCUGUUAUGGAUGGACCAUUUGGAGCAAGAAAAGUGACUUACUGUGACUAUACAGCAAGUGCCCGUGCAUUCACCUCCAUCGAAACAUACAUUCAACACGAAGUCCUUCCAUUCUACGGAAAUACUCAUAGCUCCGUUACAGUAACCGCCGAGCAAACGACACUUUUCAUGCACGAAGCGAGACAAGAAAUCCGUGCAUUCAGUGGAUGUGGUGAUCAGGAUUCUGUAAUAUUUACUGGAAGUGGAUCAACUUGUGCUGUUGAGCUUCUUGUUCAUUUAAUGAGUGAUGGGAAGGAUGAUGAAGAAGUUAUAGUGGUACAUUCCAGUCAAGAACAUCAUAGUAAUCUUCUGCCGUGGCGGAAAAUUGCAAAAGAAUGCAGAAAUAUUGAAGAGCUCGAGAAUGGACAGAUUGACUUGGUGCAUUUGCAAAAUGUGCUCAAAGAAAUCCGAGAAUCCCAUGGAUCUAUCAAAAUCAUCGGAACAUUCUGUGCAGCCUCCAACCUUACCGGAAUCCUAAUCGAUAUUCAAAAUGUCACAAAAAUUCUGAAAAUGUUCGAUGCAAUUGCGAUUUGGGAUUUUGCAUCGGCGGCUCCAUAUAUUCCAAUUUUAGUUAAUGGUACAUACCCAUUGGAUGCAGUUUUCUUCUCGGGACACAAAUUUCCAGGCGGUGUCAGCUCUCCGGGUGUUCUGAUUGUCAAAAAAUCGAUAAUUCAGGCGACUAAGCCGAAGAGAAUUGGUGGUGGAACGGUUUUCUUUGUGAAUUCCACAGACGAAUGGUAUUUGAAAGAAGUUGAACAUCGAGAAGAAGGUGGCACUGCUGAUGCAGUUGGAGCUGUCCGAUUGGCAAUGGCUGUGAAAAUGAAACGAUCAAUUGGAGAGGAUACCAUUAAAAAUCUCGAAUCCUCAAUUUCACAUCUCGUCCUUCAGAAGAUCAGAACCAUUGAGAAUCUUGUACUUCUCGGUCCAUCGGUCGUAGAUCAUCGUCUCCCAGUAUUCUCAUUCCUAAUUCGUGAUCCUCAAAGUCAACUGUUCUUCCAUCAUAAUUAUAUUUCUGUUCUGUUAAAUGAUCUUUUUGGAAUUCAAACUCGUGCUGGAUGUAUGUGUGCUGGUCCGUAUUCUCAGAAGCUUCUCGGAAUCGAUGAAGAGCUGUCACAGAGAUUUGUGAGCGCAAUUCAAGAAUCACCAGAUCUCGAUAGAACACACCUCCGGCGGCAAGCUGAAUACUCGCAACAGGAAUUCCUGAGACCUGGAUUCACGAGAAUCUCGUUUCCUUAUUUUUUCAAGAUGGCGGAAGUCGAUGAGAUUUUGGAGGCUAUUCGAUUUAUUGCAAAACAUGCGGCCGACUUUUUGCACUUGUACCAAGUAAACUGUGAGACCGGUGAAUGGCAUCAUCAAAAUCAACGAGUAUUUCAUGGAAGACGAUGGCUCGGACAUGUUCAAUUCACCCCAACCGGCCUGAAAACUAAGCCUUUGGCUGUUCCAGAAGUGCCUGAUAUGAAGAAAUGCCUGGAAGCGGCAAAAGUGUUGGCUCAAGAGUCGUCGGAUGCUCUGAAUAUCUCGAAAAUUCCAGAUGGAAGACUGGCGAUUAAUUCGGAAUAUCACGAACUUCGGUGGUUUGUUCUUCCGAUUGAGGUGGCUGAAGCUCGAGCUGGACGGGCGGUUUCAUUUCCGAUGUGUGUGAUUAAACCGAGAAAGUAUACAGAAGAAGCUUCACAUCAAGAAAUUCCAUCCGAGCAGCAUCAAGAAGCUCCGCAAGAAGAGUGUGAAGUGAUUUGUGACGAUGUGAUUUGUUAUCUGAAAUCAGAUAAGCUGAAAGCUUCAGAAGACGUGGGCGAUGCUGCUGAAGCUGAGGAGGUGAAGCAGAUGGAAGACUGGAAUAAGCGGGUCAUCGUGAGACGUGUGGAGAAUUUGAGUAAAGAAGACGAACGGCUUCAAGAAUGGCAUAUUCCGUCGUUGGAAAUGUACAAGAAAGUUACAGACAUUAUUCAUCAGCUCAAGAUGAUUAGGGACGGCGACAAAGUUCUUGUGUGUCUCUCCGGCGGCAAGGAUUCUCUAUCGCUUCUUCACAUUUUACGGCACUAUCAACAACGCUGUAAUAAGGCUAGAAGCACCUCCUUCGAACUCGGUGCAAUCACCGUUGAUCCAGGAUCUGCAGAAUACAAUCCACGCCCAUUAAUCGAGUAUUGUCGACGGCUCAAUAUUGAUUAUUUCUACGAAGAGCAGGAUAUUAUUGGAGCCGCCCGAAAAACGCCCGGACUCCGAUCGAUUUGCGCGUUUUGUAGUCGAAUGAAGCGUGGCCGACUCGCCGCCGCCGCACAAUUACACGGAUGGAAUGUUCUGGCGAUGGGACAACAUUUGGAUGAUCUUGCUGAAAGCUUCUUCAUUGCCGCUUUUCAGAAUGGAAAUUUGAGCACGAUGAAGGCUCAGUAUACGACGAAAGACGGAGCUCUUCGAGUCAUUCGACCGCUGGUGAUGGUUCGCGAGAAGGCUCUACGAAAUUUCGCCGAGGAUAAAAAACUCCCAGUUGUCGCGGAAAACUGCCCGGCAUGCUUCAACCAGGCCACCGAACGUCACCGUGUCAAGCAGCUCCUGGCUCAGCAGGAGCUCAUCUUCCCCGACUUGUUUAAUUCACUGAGAUCUGCUCUGAAACCACUGCUUUUGGUUGAUUCGGCGCACACCAGCGUGAUGCGGAGCCAGGCGGUGCAUAAUAUUGUGAAGGAAAUGUCAUAGGGAAUUUUUCCUAUAAAAAUUAAAAUUUUCCUAUUAAAAAAAAUAUUUAAAUAUUUUUCUUGUUGUUAAAUGUUAAUCGUAAUUCGUCCUUGAGCGUUUGAAUGUUUUUUUGAUGUUUUGGUUUGUUGAAUAAAAACUUUCAAAAAU